ACCGGAGUCGCAAGCAAAGCCCGUUUGAGCAAUGGCCGCUCGCUUGGCCUGGUUGUCCACUGCCCUGGGCCGACCUGCUGAGGACUGGUGGCGCUGUGACCAGGCAAGGAGUGGUGGCUUGGACUGGCGGAAGCUGCGCGGGCAGAUGCAAAUGAUUGCAGGCUGGGAUCCAGGCGUCCAAGCUUUUGCCCAACAGGCGCACAUUGAUCUGAUGCUUGUGCUGUACGCGCGAGUGGAGCUUUGGCACCGGCAGGACAAUGACUGCCCGUUGGGAGAGCUCUCCUUCAGGUGGCUGCUGCUUGCUAGCCAGACUGAAGAGAACCUCCUGCAGAGCUUCAGUCGAGUGAUGCGUGGGGAGAUGAACGGCUGGUUGGACUCCCUGCUAGACACCGCCUGGGGGGAUUUCUGGAAGCUGGCAGCAAGCUGGCACCAGGUUCUCAUCUCGGGCUGGCCCAUUUUCGCCCUGAUGGGCCUCCUCUCGGAGAAGCUGCAGAGGAGUCAAGCCCUACCAGCUCAGGAUGUGCCGCAGUGUCCUGAUAUGACGGAUCAUUUGCAGCGCUUUCGCCUUGCGCUGCGGGAGGAGGCGCCGCUGCCGCCGCGGGCGCUGGAGGCAGCGCUGGCGCCGUCCCCGCGGGCGGCGGGAUGCGCUCAUGCGCGGGCCACAGUGUACGUUUUUGCCGCAGACCACCUGCGUUGGGCACGUGAGGAGGGCCUGCUGCCUGGCUUAGGCAACGGCGUCCAGCUACUACGGCGGGCCCAGGCGCUGGCGGUCGCCGCGCAGAGCCUUGCUGAGAUUCGCAACCCUUGGCCCCUGUGGGUGGCCCUGGACCGCCUGUCCUGCGCGGGCUUGGUCAACGUCACCGUGGAGCCGGUGCCAAGUUUGCCGCCAGCGCAAACAUGGCUCUGGCAGUUUAUCAGCCCGACACGAGCAAAUGAGCAGGACAUGGUCGUCUCCAAUCGCGUGCGUGCUGAAAAGCGGCCCUACUGCUCCCGAGAGUUCAGGGAAGUGGUGGCACAGGUGGCAGCAGUGGCACCAGAUGGAUGGCAGCCCCGUGUGGCAGAGAUCGGUGCCCACUUCGGCGACUGCAUGCUGUGGUCAGCUGCUGCACUGCCAGAAGUGUCUUUACUGCAAGGUGCUUGCAUCCUUUUCAGACAUGUCUAUUUCCAUCGUGUUUGUCACCCUGUCAAACCAUCCAAUGCGCAGGAUUAUAAGGCACCUUAGCAAGACAUGUCGGACUUUUUUAGACUUGCAGAGAGCUUUUCACGUGAGAAGCAACUGGCGCUUCUUGGGCCGU